AUGGGACCCGGACUAAAGACAUUUAUGUUUGCCCUGGUCAAGGCGGGACCCGCGGAUGUGGGGGUCCCGGAGAGGGGUACUGUGCUCAAUGGGGAUGGAAAGAAAGCAGCAUGGGAUGGACCUAAGUAUUGGGGGCUACGCCUCUACCGUACUGGAUAUGACCCCAUCACCUUGUUUUCAAUUUCCCGACAAAUUAUGAGUGCUUCCCCAUCACAAUCCAUCGGCCCCAAUACUAUCUUGGGAGACCAGCAGUCCCCCUCUAAGUCCAACCCACCCCCCAAACCUCAACCUAUACCAUUGGUUACGGCAUCACCUUCGCAUAAAACCACCAGCUCACCCCCCAGAUCUGGUCCCAAAACCCCGAGCAUCACAAUGGCCCUCCAGCAACCCGGGACAGGGGAUCGACUCCUGAAGUUAGUCGAGGGAGCCUUCUUAACCUUAAACUACUCUGAUCCCACCCGGACGCAGGAAUGUUGGCUAUGUCUGGUUUCGAAGCCCCCGUACUAUGAAGUCAUUGCUGUUUCGCGGAAUUUUUCCAAUCACACUUCUGCCCCAACCAGUUGUACAGCCCUUUCAGAGCAUAAACUAACAUUAUCUGAGGUAUCAGGAAGGGGACUUUGCAUAGGUAAGGUCCCCCCAUCUCAUCAGGUACUAUGUAACCUAACUCAAGAAGUUUGGCCAGGGUCCCAUUAUCUGGAAGCCCCCAAUGGGACUUGCUGGGCUUGCAGCAAGGGAUUGACACCGUGCGUGUCAACCUCAGUUCUUAAUGUCAGCUCUGACUAUUGCGUGCUCAUAGAACUAUGGCCCAAGAUAAUAUACCAUGAACCAGAAUACAUCUAUAGCCAUUUUGAGAAAAUUGGGGAAAUAACUCGGUUUCGCAGAGAACCUGUAUCUUUGACAUUAGCUUUACUGCUUGGUGGACUUACUGUAGGAGGUAUGGCGGCAGGAAUAGGGACAGGAGUAUUAGAAGAAUCAAUCAGUACUCUUGAGAAAUCUUUAACCUCACUCUCCGAGGUAGUCUUACAAAACAGAAGAGGAUUAGAUAUUUUGUUCCUAAAAGAAGGAGGACUAUGUGCAGCCCUAAAAGAAGAAUGCUGCUUCUAUGCAGACCAGACUGGGUUGGUACGAGACAGUAUGACCAAACUCAGGGAGAGACUUAAACAGAGACAACAGUUGUUGGAAAUAGGACAAGGCUGGUUUGAAGGGUGGUUUAAUCGAUCACCAUGGUUUACCACCCUAGUCUCUUCCAUCAUGGGACCCUUAAUGAUCCUCCUACUUAUAUUACUCUUUGGGCCCUGCAUUCUUAAUAAAUUAGUCCAGUUUGUGAAGGACAGGUUAUCAGUUAUACAGACUUUGGUACUAACCCAGCAAUAUCAUCAAUUAAGACAAUAUGACCCGGAGGUCCCAGGGUCCUGA